AUGGAUCAUGAAUAUGCCUUGUGUAAUGAGAAACCUGCUGCUCUCACUGAUGAUGAGGUUACAUUACAUAAUUGGUGGGAGCAUUCCAACCGUCUUUGCCUUUUAUAUAUCAAGAAGACGAUUAGCAAGACUAUCAAAAGCUCCAUACCAACUUCUGAAAAUGCAAAGGAAUACCUAAUCAAUGUAGAGAACCGUUGUGCUACUGCUGAUAAAUCUUUGACUGGGACUUUGAUGACCAAACUAGUAACAAUAAUGUAUAGUGGUACGAAUGGGAUAGGAGACCAUAUCUCUGAAAUGGAAAGUAUCUGUGCACAACUAAAACCCUUUGAAUUGAUAAUGAAUGAAGGUUGCCUUGUCCAAAUCAUUCUGACUUCACUUCCUCCUCGUUUUGGAACAUUCAAGAUCCACUACAAUACAAAUAAAGAUAAGUGGACUCUGAAUGAACUUCAGAGUAUAUGCGUCUAA